GGAAAUAACUCUUCAAACCCCCUCAUUUCUCAACAAGAGACGCUCGCCGUCGGACUUCAGCUGUAGUGUCGGAUGGGCUUCCCCCGUCCCCGGCUCGCACCAGGAAGUGAGCAGGUGAGACGCACCUGUUCAAAACGCAGACCGAAACUCAACAUAAUCUAAACUCCGGCAAACAAUUUCGACAAAUGUACGAUAUGCUACAUAAAUACUCCUCGCGGACAUUCAGAAAACAUGGACUUUGACCUGAACUGGGCUCCAAAGCCGGAUUACGUGUUGCGUUUUUGAAAUCUCCUCGACCUGUACAGGUGGGACGCGGAACGAGUGUCGGACGCUGUUAUGGGGAAUCAAGUGGAGAAGCUCACACACUUGAAUUACAAUGAAUUACCGACAGCUGACCCUAAUGGAUUUGACCCAGAGGACGACGCUCCGCGGAUCGGCGUCUCUUAUAUUUUCUCCGCCGAUGACGACGAGCAGGAGGAGAACAUGGACGAGACGGAGAAUGAAGAUGUCAAACAUUACGACUGCCGGAACGAGCUGGAGUGCGCCGUGUAUUAUCGCGACGAGGUCAUAUACGAGCGGAAUAGUCGGUUUGGUGAAGUGGGCACGCUGUCGCGCGAGAACUUGGCGAACAAGUGCAAAGCCGGCGACCUGGUGGAGUUCGUGGCCAUCGGUCAGUUCCCGCACUGGGCGGUGUGUGUCGGCGAGCUACAGGUGGUUCAUUUGCACAGAAACGAGAUCAAAUGCGACUUUCUUUUGGACGCGAGUCAAGGUAAAAGGGGCAGAAUCGUGAACGAGCUGUAUAAGUUUCGCGCGCUGAGCUCGGACGCGGUGGUCCAGAAUGCCAUGGAGCAGGUGGGCUUGAAGGAGCGGGACGUUUGCUGGAAGAACUCGGAGUGCUUCGCCGCUUGGUGCAGGUUUGGAAAACGCGAGUUUAAAGUCGGAGGCGAAAUACGCAUCGGUAAACAGCCGUACAAGAUGAAACUGCAGCUCUCCGAGAAGAAAAGUCACGUUUUGGACUUUCAAAGUUUAGAGGAUCUGAUCGUGGAAAAGAGGAAAAACGACCAAAUGGGAAGGGAAGCUGUCAUUCAGGAGCUGGAGAAUCAUUUAAACUGCGCUGAAGAGCCUGGGGAUGAUUACAACUGUAACUGAUGAAUCAAAGAGGGAGGUUUCUCUGGUCUUGAUGGAGGAUAUGGGUGUUAUUUAAAUCACCUCCAGCACAGCGGCUGUGGUGCAGUUUCAUCAGAGUUUUCUGACAGGAGCACUUUUAUAAAUUGAACAAGUUUGAACAAGCUUGUUUUCAGUGACAAGGACACGAUCAUUCCCUCACUUUGUUGUAUUCACAUACAAGGGAACCGUUUAUAAAAGCCUAUCUCACUUUAUUUGAGAACUAUGUAUUCCCUUGGCACAUUAUUUCAAUAAACCUGAGUAUUUUUUCUUAA